AUGGCAAGUCGCUCAGCAGAAGGCGUGCCCGGGCAGCAAGGGCAGCCAAUCCAUCCGACCGCCAUGACUGCUAUUCCGACUGGUGCUAGUCCAGCUGCUGCUGGCAUGAAUCUGGGUGGCGCUGUAGCGGCUGGAGGACUGCAGCGAGUUCCAAUGCAACCUGCUCCUACUACUACUACUGCUGCUGCUGCUGCUCCUGUGCUGCUCCUGGUCGCCCGCUGCGAUGGCCGCGGCGCUCGCUGCUGGGACGGCUCGCCGCUGUAUCAAGCUCAAGCUCAAGCUCAAGCUCAGGCUCAAGCUCAGGCUCAAGCUCAGCCAGCAGGAAGUGCAAGUGAUGCCGCUGCCGUCGCUGUCGGAAUGUCGUCCACACGAACCAAGGCCGAAAUCAAGCUGGUGCAGCUGGCCAAGCUCGAGGCAAAGCUCAAGGGCAGCCUGGACGAGUCCGUCCGACAAAUAACGGAAAGCUUCAUGGCGAUCGUGCGCAACGCCAAGGUCCAGGCCGACGCCAACAUGGCAGACACAACCAUUGUCAUCAAGGAUGAAUUUGAGCUGCAACUGCGGACGACAAGCAUGAUCCGAGGCUAUGAAACGCUGCUCAGAAUGAUUGCGGAAUUGAAAGACACCCUGCUGCUCAAUGAUUUCGAAAAGCUCAACGCAACAGUGGCAGAGAAAGUGCUCGACUAUCGACAGCGGGAAAUGCAUCUCGAUGCUGCGACGGCGUUGUGGCGCGACGAGUGCAGAAUCGCUCUCGGUCAACUGGAAGAUGUUUAUUUUAGCUCACGAUUCCGGUUCACUGAAGCAUGA